ACAUGAACUUCUGCUUUUAGAGGACUUAGCAAUAAGCAAGACAAUCUGCGAGAAGACAUCUGAUAGAAGGAUGGUUUUCUUUUCUUUGUUAAAACUCUGUCUUCUUUCUCUCACUCAGGCAGCAGCUGGACUUCAGUCAUUUGAUAAUUUGGUGACGUUUGCCAUUCUAGGAGAUACUAUUACUUUGCCAUGUGGCAAACCCUUUAUUAAAUCCUGCACUUCUGUUAACUGGAACAUAGCUGACAAGGUUGGAUUAGAGGUGGUGAAGGCUGGAAGGGUCACAGCUCCGUACGCCUUCAGGUUUGGCCUGCUUAAGGACUGCUCUCUGGAGAUUAAUAACCUGGUACUCGAUGAUGCACGCCUUUACUCUUGUCACAGUCAAGUGUUUAAUUCAAGUGUUUCCCUUCAGAUUCUUGAAGUUACUGAGAGCUCAACUUCUGAAAAUGGUAUAAUAGAGCUUCACUGUUACCUCAAUACAUAUAGAGGACUUGUCUUCAACUGUAACAACAAAGGGAUACAUAUCAAGUGGGGCACUGAAGAUAAUACACCAUUGAAUGGGAACAGAUUUUACUAUAAAAAUGUCUCUGAUUGCUUCUCUAAACUGUUCAUCACUGAAAGACUGACAGACCAUCACAGAAAAUGGAAAUGUCAGCUGACUCAGAAUGACACGGUUAAAGCAACCAUCACUUACACAACAACAAUAAAAGAUGGUAUAGAGGAAGUGUUUGCUGCAGUCGGUGAGUCAGUGACACUCUCUUGUAGCAACACUUCCUCUCUUGGUGUUGGUAACAGUGUGAAGUGGACUGUGGGUGAAAGGCCACUGACAGAUGAUAUGUCAUCUUAUAAUGGCCAAACAGAGGCAGUACAUGUGAAUAAGGACUCAUCACUGUUCAUUAGCAAAGUGACUGCUCUGCAUGCCGGAGACUACCAGUGUUCAGAUUCCACUGACCAGCAAAAACUGUUUAACAAAAUCAGGCUGCAUACCCUCGAUGUUACUUCAGAGCAUGGGCCAGGAGGUGAUAAUCUCACUUUGACUUGUGUACUUAUCUGCACUAAAGAAUGUGGAAAAGACUUCAACUUAACAUGGUCUGGAGGCAACCUCGAUAGCAGGCCGAGCUAUGACAAGAACACUCUCACAAACAGGCUCUCUUUCCCACUUUUAUCAAUGGCAUCUGCUGAAUUAACUUGCUUUGUGUAUAGAGAGGGUGAUGUGAUGGCAUCAAAGAAGUGGCGCACUAUUAACCCUCUGCAAACACCUGCGUGGGCAGCACUUCCUCUAGCCCUCCUGAUAUGUGUAACUGCUGGAGGACUCUACGUGUACAUGAAGAGGAAGCACAACAAAGAUGCAGGAAAUGAACAGCCAAGUGUUGGAAUGACUCAUGUUUACGGUGUCAUUCAAGAUGUAAAUAAUGAGGAACUACACCAACCUGCAACCACCAACAGUUUCUAUGAUUUAUUGCAGGCUGUAAACUAGAAAUAAAUAAAAGUGUCUAGUAUU